UGUGUCAUAAUAUGGAGUUACAAAAAUAAAUGUUCUAUUUAAAGGCGAAUACAUAUAAAUGUACCUACGAGAUAGUGCCAGAAAAUUCCUAAGUGUAUAAAAGGCUUGCCGGUGCUUAGAUUGCUGUAAUAUUUAAAUUAAGUUCCAAACAAAAUGGACCAAAUAGAAGAAGCAGAGAGUUACAAAAAUAAAGGAAAUGAAGCUUUUAAAACCGAAAAUUAUGAACAGGCGCUAUCACUUUACACUAAAGCAAUUAAUAUUGCGAAGAGAGACACGCGUGAUAUGGCCACGUACUUGAAGAAUCGCGCUGCGGCCUAUCUUAAGUUAAAAGAAUACGAGAAAGCUAUUAAAGACUGCGAUGAUGCCUUGCAAAUUAUACCUGAAGAUCCUAAGGCGUUAUUUCGACGUGCUCAAGCUUUAGAAAAUUUAGAACGAUUUGAAGAGGCCUACCGGGAUGCGAAAAUAAUAUUCACAGUAGACCCUACUAACAAGGCUAUUCAACCAGUGCUAGGUCGUUUACAUGCUAUAGUCCAAGAAAGAGCAAGGAAUGCCGCUCAAACUAGCAAUAAAGUAGAACAAAUGUUCAAGCUCGCUUUCAACAUAGGUGAAGAUCAAGAAAAACGUGAAAAAGCAAUAUCUAACUUACUAGUAUUAUGUAAAGAAGGUGAUGCUGCAGACAUGAUGUUGAAGAAUGGUAUAAUUCAAAAAAUUCAACAGUUGGUGAAAAACGAAAAAAAGUCAGAAAUUUAUGUCAAUGCUAUCCGAGUUGUAAGUCAACUAUGCAAGAGGAACGUUGAAAGGACAAAAAAUAUUAUUAAAGGAGUUGGUGUACCUUGGUUCCUGGAAAUUAUUGAUAGUGACAAAGAAGAAAUUGUUAUAGCUGCUCAAUAUUGCCUUCAAACAAUAUUGAACACCUUCUCUGGUAUGGAUACCAAAAAGGAUACAAAGCCUGAUAAAAAUCUUUGUGAACAGUAUAAAACAGAAAUAGAUACUCUACUUACAUGCUUAACUUAUUCAAUAACAAAUAGAGUUAUCACUGGCUUGGCUAGAGAUGCUAUUAUGGAGAUUAUUAUGAGAAACUGUCACUAUAGCACACUAAAUUGGGCUGAGAGGUUUGUUGAAAUUAGAGGCCUACAGCGCCUCCUUGAAGUUUGCAGUGAAUUGGAGGAAUACAAGUAUGAAUCUGCCAUGAAUAUUACUCCUUCCUCAAGAACCAUAGCUGCCUCAUGCUUGGCAAAAAUUUAUGAAAACAUGUAUUAUGAUCAGGCUAGAGAAAAAUUCAAUGAACAAGUAGAUGAGUUUAUUAAAGAUAAAUUAUUAACACCAGAUCUUGAAUCAAAAGUGAGGGUCACUGUUGCUAUUACAUCAUUAUUGAGAGGACCAAUUGAUGUCGGUAAUUAUGUUAUCUCUAAGGAAGGUAUUAUGGAAAUGAUUCUAGUCAUGGCUCAGACUGAAGAUACACUACAACAAAGAGUAGCAUGCGAAUGUCUUAUUGCUGCUGCAUCUAAAAAAGAUAAAGCUCGAGCAAUCAUUGAUAAGGGUGUAGACAUAUUAAAAAAAUUAUAUUCUUCUAAAAAUGAUGCCGUUAGGGUAAGAGCCCUUGUUGGAUUAUGUAAAAUUGGAAGCUUUGGAGGUGAUGAUGCAUCCAUCAGGCCCUUUGCAGAUGGUUCAACUAAGAAAUUAGCUGAUGCAUGUAGAAAAUUCUUAGUAAAUCCAGCAAAGGAUAAAGAUAUGCGAAAAUGGGCUGCUGAGGGCCUCUCUUACCUGACAUUAGAUGCAGAUGUAAAAGAGAAGUUAGUUGAUGAUAAGGCUGCAUUAAAUUCUCUUAUUGAGUUAGCUAAAAGUGGAGAUCAGUCAUGCCUUUAUGGUGUUGUAACCACUUUAGUUAAUUUGUGCAAUGCUUAUGAAAAACAGGAGAUUAUGCCUGAAAUGGUGGAGCUUGCUAAAUUUGCUAAGCAUCAUAUCCCUGAACAACAUGAACUAGAUGAUCCUGACUUUGUUAAUAAAAGAUUGACAGUAUUAUGUAAGGCUGGGGUUACAUCUGGCCUAGUUGCUCUCAGUAAAACUGAGAGUCACAAUUCAAGAGAAUUGAUUGCAAGAGUAUUCAAUGCAAUUUGCAGUUUGCAAGAAUUAAGAGGUAUUGUUGUGCAACAAGGAGGGGCAAAAGUAUUGAUACCCAUGUCUUUAGAAGGAACCAAUAAUGGUAAAAAACAAGCUGCCCAAGCCUUGGCAAGAAUUGGUAUAACAAUUAAUCCUGAAGUUGCUUUUCCUGGGCAAAGAAACUUAGAAGUGGUAAGACCACUGAUAUCAUUAUUGCACCCUGAAUGCACUGCCCUAGAGAAUUUUGAAGCUCUUAUGGCUUUGUGCAAUUUAGCUGGCAUGAAUGAAACAACAAGGAAUAGAAUACUGAAAGAAGGAGGUUUGUCUAAAAUAGAACAUUACAUGUAUGAGGAUCACUUAAUGCUACAAAGAGCUGCAACACAGUGUAUAUGUAACUUGGUGCAAUCUGAAGAUGUUAUAAAGACCUUUGAAGGAAACAAUGAUAAAACUAAAUUUUUAUGCUUACUUUGCCAAGAAGAAGAUGUGGAUACUGUGAUGGCUGCUGCUGGUGCCUUAUGCAUUUUAACCUCAGCAAGUAAAAUUUGCUGUAGGAAAAUUUUGGACCUUGAAUCAUGGUUAGAAUCAUUGAGAUGUUUACUUGCAAACCCUAACAAAGAAAUUCAGUAUAGAGGUACAUACAUGUUGUAUAAUGUGGUUAAUGAUGAUAAAGAUAUGGCUGCCAGGGUAUUUGAAACUGAUGUAAUGGAGAUAUUAAUGGCCAUUACAAAGUUGGAAGAGCCUGAAUGUGCUAAAGCAAAAGAGUAUGCUCAAAAAUGUUUGAAUGCUGCUGAAGAUCUUGGGGUUAUCAGGAAACCUGAUGAAGGACCAGUUGAUGCUUUACAAGAAGAGCCUGAAGAUGAUGCUGAUGAUGAAGAAUAAUUGUAUUUUGCUCUGAAAAUAGUAACUUAUAUUAGACAUAGAAUAAUAAAAUUAUUUAUAUGAUGAUAUGAUUAACAAUCAAUUUGUGUGACAAUAUUUUGUAUUUGUUUGUUUUUAAGAUAUGGAGAUUUAAGUGUAAUAAAGGAAUUUUUCAAUAGUUUACUA